GGCUAAGUUCGUUGCCGGUGGCCUCUGCGGGUGCAACCACAAAGGCUAAUCCGAAGGAGUGGGGAGGCUCGCGAAGUCGAUGCUUCCUCUUCCAAUUCAGGUCGGCUCCCGUUACCUUCUCACCAUUCGCCGUUGCUAUCUUCCUGAGCGUUUGCAUGAGCUCUUUCGUCUGGGGAGGCUCCGGUGACCAUGUAGGGGGGAAAAGUGAGGAAGCUCCAGGUGCCUGGGACGAGGUCACCGCUGUUGGCACGCCGCCCCGGCUCCCCCCAUAUCUCCAUUGUGGGCCGGGGGCCCCGUCAGCCCAGGUGGAAACUCCGGCCUGCAGUUGUGGCCUGGCAAGAAGCGCCACGAAAUCUCGCGCCGUCUCGCGAGAGUCUAAGUUGAAGGAACAUGGCGACGUCUAAUCUGUUAAAGAAUAAAGGUUCUCUUCAGUUUGAAGACAAAUGGGACUUCAUGCGUCCAAUUGUUUUGAAGCUUUUACGCCAGGAAUCUGUUACAAAACAGCAGUGGUUUGAUCUGUUUUCGGAUGUACAUGCAGUCUGUCUCUGGGAUGAUAAAGGCCCAGCAAAAAUUCAUCAGGCUUUAAAAGAAGAUAUUCUUGAGUUUAUUAAGCAAGCACAGGCACGAGUACUAAGCCAUCAAGAUGAUACAGCUUUGCUAAAAGCUUAUAUUGUUGAAUGGCGAAAAUUCUUUACACAGUGUGAUAUUUUACCGAAGCCUUUCUGUCAACUAGAGAUUACUUUAAUGGGUAAACAGGGCAGCAAUAAAAAAUCAAAUGUAGAAGACAGUAUUGUUCGGAAGCUCAUGCUUGAUACAUGGAAUGAGUCAAUCUUUUCAAAUAUAAAAAACAGACUUCAAGAUAGUGCAAUGAAGCUGGUACAUGCUGAAAGAUUAGGAGAAGCUUUUGAUUCUCAGCUUGUCAUUGGAGUAAGAGAAUCCUAUGUUAACCUUUGUUCUAAUCCAGAGGAUAAGCUUCAAAUUUAUAGGGACAAUUUUGAGAAGGCAUACUUGGAUUCAACAGAGAGAUUUUAUAGAACACAGGCACCUUCGUAUUUACAACAAAAUGGUGUACAGAAUUAUAUGAAAUAUGCAGAUGCUAAAUUAAAAGAAGAAGAAAAACGAGCCCUACGUUAUUUAGAAACAAGGCGAGAAUGUAACUCUGUUGAAGCACUCAUGGAAUGCUGUGUAAAUGCCCUGGUGACAUCCUUUAAAGAGACUAUCUUAGCAGAGUGCCAAGGCAUGAUCAAGAGAAAUGAAACUGAAAAAUUACAUUUGAUGUUUUCAUUAAUGGACAAAGUUCCUAAUGGGAUAGAGCCAAUGUUGAAAGACUUAGAGGAACAUAUCAUCAGUGCAGGCCUGGCAGAUAUGGUAGCAGCUGCUGAAACUAUUACUACUGACUCUGAGAAAUAUGUUGAGCAGUUACUUACACUGUUUAAUAGAUUUAGUAGACUUGUCAAAGAAGCUUUUCAAGAUGAUCCACGAUUUCUUACUGCAAGAGACAAGGCAUAUAAAGCAGUUGUUAAUGAUGCUACCAUAUUUAAACUUGAAUUACCUUUGAAGCAGAAAGGGGUGGGAUUAAAAACUCAGCCUGAAUCAAAAUGCCCUGAGCUGCUUGCCAAUUACUGUGACAUGUUGCUAAGAAAAACGCCAUUAAGCAAAAAACUAACCUCUGAAGAGAUUGAAGCAAAGCUUAAAGAAGUGCUCUUGGUACUUAAAUAUGUACAAAACAAAGACGUUUUUAUGAGAUAUCACAAAGCUCAUUUGACACGACGUCUUAUAUUAGACAUCUCUGCUGAUAGUGAAAUUGAAGAGAAUAUGGUAGAGUGGCUAAGAGAAGUUGGUAUGCCAGCAGAUUAUGUAAACAAGCUUGCUAGAAUGUUUCAGGACAUUAAAGUAUCUGAAGAUUUGAACCAAGCUUUUAAGGAAAUGCACAAAAAUAAUAAAUUGGCUUUACCAGCUGAUUCAGUUAAUAUAAAAAUUCUGAAUGCUGGUGCCUGGUCAAGAAGCUCUGAAAAAGUCUUUGUCUCACUUCCUACUGAACUGGAGGAUUUGAUACCCGAAGUAGAAGAAUUCUACAAAAAAAACCAUAGUGGUAGAAAAUUACAUUGGCAUCAUCUCAUGUCAAAUGGAAUUAUAACGUUUAAGAAUGAAGUAGGUCAAUAUGAUUUGGAGGUAACAACAUUUCAGCUGGCUGUAUUGUUUGCAUGGAACCAAAGACCCAGAGAGAAAAUCAGCUUUGAAAAUCUAAAACUUGCAACUGAACUCCCUGAUGCUGAGCUUAGAAGAACUUUAUGGUCUUUAGUAGCUUUCCCAAAGCUCAAACGGCAAGUUUUAUUGUAUGAACCUCAAGUCAACUCACCCAAAGACUUUACAGAAGGUACCCUCUUCUCAGUGAACCAGGAGUUCAGUUUAAUAAAAAAUGCAAAAGUUCAGAAAAGGGGUAAAAUCAACUUGAUUGGACGCUUGCAGCUCACUACAGAAAGGAUGAGAGAAGAAGAGAAUGAAGGAAUAGUUCAACUAAGAAUACUGAGAACCCAGGAAGCUAUCAUACAAAUAAUGAAGAUGAGAAAGAAAAUUAGUAAUGCUCAGCUGCAGACUGAAUUAGUAGAAAUUUUGAAAAACAUGUUCUUGCCACAAAAGAAAAUGAUAAAAGAGCAAAUAGAAUGGCUAAUAGAGCACAAAUACAUCAGAAGAGAUGAAUCUGAUAUCAACACUUUCAUAUAUAUGGCAUAA